UACUUCAACAAAAUGUAAAUCUUAGCAUCGACUUUCGAAAUAAUAAUAGCCUUUUCGGCCACCCUAUUAAAUUCCCAACUGCCUGCCUCUCCCUAACCAUAAUCCAAUUACUCUUUUACACUUGUGUUUAUCAGUUGCUCUGUUCCAUUCUUCCAGCUGUGCCUAACCAUGUGCAUUUAGAUUGCACUAAUAAUCUUCAAAACCCAUCGUUUUUAACGCUCAAAAAUCCAAUCUUUAGAUCUAUAUAUAGCUAAAAAAAUCCAAUCUUUCUGUUCCACUCACACAUGGAGACUUGCAUCUAUCAUCAGCUCAAAUCUCAGCCAAUAUGGCUUCUUUUGCUUCUUUCUUUAGGUUCUUUAAAAGUCUUAUGCUUUUCAAUCAUUGUUCUCAAAUGGGUCUAUGUUAAUUUCCUUAGACCUGCAAAAAAUCUCAAGAAAUAUGGUUCUUGGGCACUUGUUACUGGACCUACAGAUGGUAUUGGAAAAGCCUUUGCUUUUCAAUUAGCAAGAAAGGGUCUUAAUUUAGUUCUUGUGGGUCGUAACCCUGAUAAAUUAAAUGAUGUUCUUGAAUCAAUUAAGGCUAAAUAUGGGAAAAUCCAGAUUAAAACAGUGGUUGUUGAUUUUUCUGGUGAUUUGGAUGAAGGGGUUAAGAAGAUUAAGGAGAUAAUUGAAGGAUUAGAUAUUGGGGUUUUGAUUAACAACGUUGGGGUUAGUUAUCCUUAUGCUAGGUUUUUCCAUGAAGUGGAUGAUAAGUUAUUGGCUGAUUUGAUUAAAGUUAAUGUGGAAGGAACUACAAAGGUUACUCAAGCUGUUUUGCCUGGUAUGGUUCAGAGGAAAAGAGGAGCAAUUGUUAAUAUUGGUUCUGGUGCUGCCAUUGUUAUCCCUUCUGAUCCCUUGUAUGCUGUUUAUGCCGCGACUAAAGCAUACAUUGAUCAGUUCUCAAGAUGCCUCUAUGUAGAGUACAAGAAGAGUGGAAUUGAUGUGCAAUGUCAGGUGCCUUUGUAUGUGGCAACAAAAAUGGCGUCAAUCAAAAGAUCUUCAUUUUUUGUUCCCUCGACUGAUGGUUAUGCUCGAGCUGCCCUGGGAUGGAUAGGUCAUGAUCCAAGGUGCACACCUUACUGGCCCCAUUCUCUUCUGUGGGGUUUGCUGUACUCAUUGCCAGAAUCAAUUGUUGAUGCAUGGCGUCUGAAGUUCUGCAUUGGAAUCCGGAAGAGAGGACAGAUGAAGGACUCCAGAAAGAAGGAAUAGAAAAACUCGCCGUAUCCCAAUAUCUCAUAUCUUAAGUCUGAUCAGCUGAAUUCAUAUCUUCUUUCUGUUUCUGUUUCCAAUUGGGUAAUGCUAGUUCUGGUAAUGCAACAAGAAACUUGUUGAUUUCGUUCUCAUUAAACAAGGCCAGAUGUCAUUCUUGUUGCAUUUUUAGUUGUAGGCUGUUUGAAUCCAGAGCUGCCUAAAAGAGUUCGAAAUUUCAAUUCUCUAAUCUAGCCAAAAAAAAAAACAUUUUCCAGGGCAAGUAAAUUAAAAUGACUUUGUUGUAUUUAUUCAUUGAGUUUGAUAUUGCACAAUGGUUUUUCA